UCCGGCUCGGCCCCGCCCCACGGUCAUGUGCACCCCGGGCCCCGCCCACGCCCUGCCUACUCCGUCCCUGAGAUUCCUGCGGACUCAGUUAAAGCCACUUCGGGAGACCCAGAGCCUCAGCGUCCGGUGGCCCCGCUCCAGGGACUUCGUCCUCCGUGAAAGGUCUGCCGAGGCCCGGACAUGGCGCCAGACCCCUGUUUCGGCUCUCGCGGAGCCCUGCGGAGGAGGCUGCCCAUCCUGGCCUGGCUGCCGGUCUACUCCCUGCAGUGGCUGCGGAUGGACUUCAUCGCGGGACUCUCCGUGGGACUCACAGUCAUCCCCCAGGCCCUAGCCUAUGCAGAAGUGGCUGGACUCCCGCCCCAGUAUGGCCUCUACUCUGCCUUCAUGGGAUGCUUCGUGUAUGUCUUCCUGGGCACCUCGCGGGACGUGACUCUGGGCCCCACGGCUAUCAUGUCCCUCCUGGUGUCUUUCUACACUUUCCGCCAGCCCGCCUACGCUGUGCUGCUUGCCUUCCUGUCUGGGUGUCUCCAGCUGGCCAUGGGGUUCCUGCAUUUAGGGUUCCUACUGGACUUCAUCUCCUGCCCUGUCAUUAAAGGCUUCACUUCAGCUGCCACCAUCACCAUCGGCUUCGGACAGAUCAAGAACCUGCUGGGAUUGCAGAACGUCCCCCGGCAGUUCUUCCUCCAAGUGUACCACACCUUCCUCCACAUCACGGAGACCAGGGUGGGCGACGCCGUCCUGGGGCUGGCCUGCAUGGUGUUGCUGCUUGUGCUGAAGCUGAUGCGUGAGCGCGUGCCUCCUCCCCAUCCGGAGACGCCCCUUUGCGUGAAGUUCAGUCGUGGGCUGGUGUGGACUGUCACCACAGGUCGCAAUGCCUUGGUGGUCUCCUCUGCGGCGCUGAUUGCUUACUCCUUCGAGGUAGCAGGACACCACCCUUUCGUUCUGACUGGGAAGAUAGCUGAGGGGCUCCCUCCUGUGCGGGCACCCCCCUUCUCAGUGACCACGGACAAUAAGACCAUCUCAUUCUCUGAGAUGGUGCAGAACAUGGGUACUGGACUGGCUGUGAUACCUCUGGUGGGCCUCCUGGAGAGCAUCGCCGUGGCCAAAUCCUUUGCGUCUCAGAAUAACUACCGCAUUGAUGCCAACCAGGAGCUGCUGGCCAUCGGCCUCACCAAUGUGCUGGGCUCCCUGGUCUCCUCUUACCCAGUCACUGGCAGCUUUGGGCGGACAGCAGUGAAUACCCAGACUGGAGUAUGUACCCCGGCAGGGGGCCUGGUGACUGGUGUGCUGGUCCUGCUGUCCCUGGGCUACUUGACCUCCCUGUUCUACUACAUCCCCAAGUCUGCGCUGGCUGCCGUCAUCAUCAUGGCUGUGGCCCCGCUCUUUGACGCCAGGAUCGUCAGGACGCUCUGGCGUGUUAAGAGGCUGGACCUGCUGCCACUCUCCGUGACAUUCCUGCUGUGCUUCUGGGAGGUUCAGUACGGCAUCCUGGCUGGGACCCUGGUGUCGUUGCUCAUUCUCCUGUACUCUGUGGCCAGGCCCAAGACCCAGGUGUCGGAAGGACACAUUCUUGUCCUGCAGCCCGCCAGCGGCCUGCACUUCCCUGCAAUUGAUGCCCUGCGAGAGACAAUAAUGAGCCGGGCACUGGAAGCAUCCCUGCCACGUUGCGCGGUCCUGGAGUGCACGCAUAUCAGCAGCAUAGACUACACCGUGGUUGUGGGGCUCGGUGAGCUCCUGGAGGACUUCCAGAAGCGGGGUGUCACCCUGGCCUUCGUCGGCCUGCAGGUGCCUGUGCUUCGCACACUGUUGGCUGCUGACCUGAAGGGGUUCCAGAACUUCACCACUCUGGAGGAGGCCGAGAAAUGCCUGCAACAGGAACCAGGGCCUUGGCCCCACGCUGUCUACGAAGACUCUGUCCAGAGCACAGGAUCUCCCUGCUCGAGUCGUAGCCGGGGCCCCUGAAGGGCGGCUCGGGUAGGAAGGGCCUCUGGAAGGUGCCCUCCCUGUGACUUGAUGUUGAUGUUACCUGACAGACUCACCGACUCUGGCUGGACUGAAAAGGGGCCACAUAUUUGGUUCUGGAAAAGAUCAGGGGGCCACGUGGACUUUCCUGCUGUCCCCAAGCUGUGAGAAUUUGGGGGAUGGGGUAGGGAUGAAGACAUCUUCCAGAGAGAGGGUCCAGGUGAGACAGGAGGACUGUGGCUUCUGGCCUGAGCUGGCAGGGGCAAUCUGGUACUUUCCUCUUGCGAACAAGGCUCCGUCAGAGAAGAGUCCGGAGAGAUCGGGCAUCUCAGAUGUGCCUGGCUAUGGUGCAGAGGUCCAAGCUGAGCUGAAGACGUAACCUCUGUGUGCUAUGCACAGUGAAGCCUGUUUAAAAAUGUGUUUUAAAAUGGAAGUCAGCACCUUGGAGUUUUUUGUAAAAAAAAAAAAUUAUGCUUGUUAAGAAAAAAAAAAUCCAAAUCCAUGAACUCAUCUGUCCCAUUCACUGUCCUCUUCAGCUGAGGUCCCCUACCCAGGACAGGUGUGUAUCUGUCAGGGUGCACGUGUGUGGCCAUCUUAUGUGAACCAAAUCACUACAUCAAGAUGCUUUGUCAAUUGUCUUCACACAGUCAUUACUGUGAGUUAUUUAUUGUGAUGAUCAAUUCAAUGUCAUUAAAACACAAGGUUUUUAUUUA